AUGCUUCCCCCCUUGAUCGACAUGGAAGUCGUUAAGAAGUUUCGCGAUGUCAAGCGAGUCAAGCAACACCUGGAUCGUGCCCGCAGAGAAGACAGUGACAGAUACAAGGACGCGGCCGACAACUAUGGACAGGGCCCCAUCCAAAUGCUCCUCACCUACAUGAACGACGGCUUGAACCAGCAAGAGCAUGAUCCGUUGCGCCGAAUCAAGAAGAGAAACAAGAAGUUCAUGGUAUCCAUCAGCAAUGACUUUGAUGACCUGCUCGUCUCUCUCGGGUUUGAAUCCAAGAUGGUUGAAAAUGAGGACUCGUGGGUCUUUCCUUCGCUUGGCAAACCAUUAGCGCGGACGCCGAUAGGAACGCUCCGAGCCAAAUGGGAGGACGUCGUGGCCGAGUUGAUGAUCCUCAGCGGUCAUUGUGGUUCGACAGACCUGCCGCAAUCUUGGGAGACGCUCUUGGACCUGUUCCCCGGUGGGUAUGAGGCGCCGCAAGUCCGCGCAGUCAUAGAUGAGGCGGACCUGGAAUUGCUGGGUUGUCUGCCCGACUACAGGCCCAAAGUCUUCGUAUGGGCCGCUAUUGUCUUGGCCACCUUGCCCAAAAACCAGAGCUGCCGCCAACUAUUCGUCGAUGCUGCGAAACGGUGCCACCUGGAGCGCGAUGUAGAUGCGCAGAUUGAGCUGGUGCAGUUCGAAUCGGGGUGCGAAAUGGAUGCCGAAGCGGUCGAUGCCUUUGGCGCCUUUGACGCUUUUCCCGGCGACGGUAAAGAUGCCGACUACUUCCUCACCAAGUAUUAUGCCAUUGGUCAGGUCCAGCGAACCGACGAGGCCCGGGCUCGCCUCUACCAGCACCUCGAGAUCAUCGGAGGCAAUCUGGGCGAGGAUAUUGUCAGCCGAAUCGAUAACAGAGUGCUGGACGACAUGGGAGCUACUGCGCAAACAACUAACGGCGGCAUGACGAUCGAGCAGGCUGCCAGCACCUUGAACAUUGAGCUCAACUGGUCACUCGAACUCAUCCGAGACGUUGUAAACCAUCUGGCUCAAACUCUAUAUACCGACGAUGAUCGUCAGAAAGUGGCCAAGGCUCUUGGAGUGCUCGCCGAGUGGAAACGUCAUGACCGCACCAACGCAGAGGCUCAACAGGCAGUUGAUGAACUACAAGGCAUGGUGGGCAUAUUCAACGCCCUUAAGCCUGGCCAAGAAAUACCCCCGGCUCUGCUGCAGAAAGACGUGGCUCAGGAUGACGCCGCUAGUCUCAAAACGCCGCCUGGACUGCGCAACAUCGGCAACACAUGUUAUCUCAACAGCAUCCUGCAAUAUUUCUAUCACGUCAAGGCCAUCCGGGAUCUAGUCCUGAACUAUGACCAGUAUAAGCUGGAGCUCAACGCCGAGAGCGUCCACAGUCGCAAGACAGGUGGCAAUGCUACAUCCGUUGAUCUUGAAGAAGCCAUUGUGGCAAGGCAAUUUGUCGAGACACUUCAAGUCCUGUUUAAGGAUCUCCAAACCACAUCAGAGGCAGCGGCUCAGCCAAGCCAAAAGCUUGCGAACACAGCCCUAAGAAAGACGGCCCGACUCUUGUAUGAAGACCCUCAAAGCAAACCUCCGCCAUUGCCGGCCCGCCCUUCUCCUGCACCGCCCACCAAGGGUGACGACACAGAUAUGAUCAACGUGACGAUCGAGUCGGUCAGUGACAACUUGGAGACGGCCAGCGCAGUGAGCUCUCAGACUCUGGUCACCGACCUCGAAGGCGCCUCGACAGGCUCUUUGGUUGAAAUCAACCAUGUCGAUACCAAGGAGGGCAAAGAGGAGGCAGUCGAUAACGACAUCGAAAUGAAGGACGGCCACAUGGUCGAGUUUGACGCUGCUACGAUCGAAGACAAGAUUCGAGACAUCUCGGAACGUUUGGAGCGUUCGGACCGCAGUGGCACGGAGCAACAGGAUGUCGAAGAGACCAUGGAAAACAUUAUGGAGCAUCUGAUGCGUGCUAUUCGUGCCGACGGCGGCGUGGCCGAUAACCCCCGCAUGCAAUCUGACCGGAUCACCCAAACCUUCAACCCCACCAUCGUGAACUGCACUGUGAAGCUCGUCGACGGCACGCCGACGGUAAACAAGGAGGUCAACUCGGAGCGAUGGAUCACGGCGUUCCCCCAUCCCACUGAGGGGGAGACGACUACCAUCUACGAGGCUCUCGAUCGCAACUUUGACGUCGAAUACAUGGACGAGACUUUGAUUCGUCACACCGUCAUUCGCUCCCUACCUCCCAUCCUUCACGUCUGCAUUCAGCGAACGGGCACCAGCAAGAAUAGAAACCCCGUUCUGAUCGAGGAUGAGCUUUACAUGGAUCGUUACAUGGAGACCCUCGACGGUCACCCGGAGAGCGUCGACAAAUUUGACCUCGUGCGGAAGCGUCGUGAGAUCUGGGCACUUAAGGAGCGGGUCAACCAGCUAGGCUACACGGUGAAGGAGGAUGCCAAGCAUGAGGUCAAGGCUCUGGAGCCUGACGUGCAACAUGUUAGUUGGUCGACGGGCCAAAGUGGAUGGGGUGGUGAUGCUCGAUCGUGCUCGCCUUCUGAUUCCGAGUGGGAGAAACUAGACGCCAUUGUACCAGGACCCAAGGUACCACCAUCCAAUCCCGCCUCAUCAUUCACUUCCCUCAAACGGAGACUGCCCCAAGAACGGACACUGGCUAAUUAUAUCCAGUACCUGUCCCAUAAGCGGCAGAUGGCAAUAGGCACCACGUCGUCGACUUCGCAGCCGCUGUUCGCGCCGCCGCCGUCGCUGUCGAGCCCCGCUAAGUCGACAGUCCAUACUAACCCAUACAUCCCCCUCUUGAGUAAGCUCACCACAGACAUGACCAAGCUGGAUGAAGAAGAGCUUCGCAAGUUAGAUGGGAUGAAGCAGGACGCAUUCCAGGACAUGCGCAAAGAAAAGUACCGUCUGCACGCCGUCAUCUGCCACGGGGGCGGGACGCAGUCGGGCCACUACUGGAUAUGGCUGCACGACUUCCAGAAGAAUGUGUGGCUCAAGUUCAACGACAGCAACGUGACGGAGGACACGCGGGGCUCCGAGGCUGUGCUGCAAGAGCUGAGCAAUGGUGGCGACCCUUACUACCUUGCCUACGUGCGAGAUGAUGACAAGGACAGACUUGUCGACGUUCCAGAGCGUGCUGCCGUCGAGACGCGAGCGGCUGGGGCUGAUGAGAUGGACCUGGAAAUGGAGACCAUUGAGGGUGUCGUCCCAGAAAAGAGCGGCGACUUGCCUUCCGACUUGCCCGACCCGAAGUCGCCCUCACAGACGUGGCAGACGGUCAACGGCAGCCAUGUCGCGGAUAUUGACGUGUCUAGCGCUGACGAGGAACUCUGA